AUCUACGCCCGAUGCAUGGAAGCAAGCAUAGAGAAGGUACGCCCAUCCAGGCCGCAGGCGCUUGACACUUUUCGCAAGAUCGUGUUCUUCGCAGAUGGUUCUUCUCGUAUUCUGCUGUGUUCAGCUCCUCUGAGAGCUGUCCUUCGCAAUCGGAUAGGAUCCUACGUCUUAGGUGCGUCUCGCGCUUAUCAUUAAUCUUCAUAUCAUCCAUGCUCCAAGCCCCAUGUUCUAUGUUCGCUGCGACAUACCUUCCCUCGCUGUCUCCGCUCCUCUACAGCAGCCGUGCUCAAGGCCGCGACCUCCCUUCACUCUCCCAGGCCGCGCCCAUCGUUCGCCUUCAUAGCCCGCGCUUCCCUCUCCCACACGCCUCAUGUUACGCGUCUCCCGCGCGUAGGCGUGCACGCCUCGCGCUCACAGCCCGCGGCCGACGCCGGCUAUUGUGCAUUGGCGCGGAGCGUAGGCGCCCGAUAUCAUGAAUGGCGGGCUCUAUGCGCUCUUGUCUUUUGUAUGGCGGCACCUUGCCCUUAGUAUUGCGGCUAUGUAGCACGAGCUAUCAGAUAGCGGGUCGUACGCGCCUUUUCACGCUCAAUGGCGGCGCUGGUGCGCAUCUGUCAUCCGGCGAAUUACUAUGAGCCUUCUAGGCGGCUGAUUAUGGGCCCUCCAUGCCUCACGCCCAUCUACGAUGUGGGG